GCAAAAUGUGGCUGACUGAUUUAUCAAACAAAUACAAUAAUAAUGUAAGUUUGAGUCAUACAAAAGUAUUUUUGUAUUAUUGCCAAUGCAGAAGUGUAUAAAAGACAUAUGUAGACGACAAAUAAGUUCUGAAGUUUAAUUAUAUUGAACGAAUUAAGUGAAAUGAAUUUAAAAGUUAAUGUAUAUUACAUUAUGUAAAAGCAUAAUAGUGAUUAAAAAAUGUACUGACACUAAUUAUUCUUACGAAAACUAGUGUUGGAUCAUAGAUCAAAAUUAGUUACUUAAAAAUUGAUAUUACAAUCAAACAUUAUGAUCUUAUAUGAUGAUAAAUGCACUUGUCAAUAUUUUGUUUUGAGUAGUCAUAUUUGUAAUAUUUCAUUUCUUCUCAAUCGACGGUUUUUUAUCAAAUUCAUACGUCAUCUAAUCAAAACAUGGCUUUAAAUAGAUCAUCAGGCAUGUCUAACAUGCCAGAAUUAAUCGAUCUGGCACAAAUUUUGAGAAAAAAUGGCGAUCAAGUAUUGAGUGGAACUAGUAAAUUGUUAUUAUCAACAAAACUUUUGCAUAACCUAAAUGAUGCCUUUUCACUGAUCGUUGAUGACUCAAGAGACUUCGAAAGUUCAUUUCAAGUUUGUAAUAGUUCUGAAAUUGAUUUAUUUCGUGAUUUGAAAUUCCUUCAUGAUUUUGUACAAAAGACGAUUCAUUUAAAAAUAAUUCAGACUACUACUGAAGGUGGAAUAGAUAUAGAUAUAACAAAAUUUCGUCACCUCAAGUACCUUGAGCUUCAAAAAGUAUGCAUAGAUUCUGUUAAAGGUAUUCAAGGUAUUCGAGGACAAUUAGAGAGUAUAAGCUGUACUGGAGGUGGUGGUGUUGGAACAAUAGGCCGACUAUUGGCAACAUGUGGAGGUGAUGCAGGCGUUGGUUUUGUUUGGGCAUCACUGAAACGAUUGGCUUUACCUUAUAAUAGUCUUGGAAGGCUUGACAAAUCACUAGAAUUAGCACCAUGGCUUGAAACACUUGAUUUAAGUCACAAUCGAAUUAAUGUUGCCACAGAAGUAGACUGUCUUCCAAACUUAAAACAUGUGAAUCUAGGAUUUAAUAAAUUAGAGACUGUUCCAAUGUUCAAUAAAGCAACUUAUCGAAAUCUAAGAACAUUGGUAUUAAAAAAUAAUUAUAUAGAUAAUCUUAGUGGACUCCAAAAUUUGGAAUUGGCAGAAUUAGAUUUGUCAUAUAAUUGCUUGAUUGAUCAUUCAUCUCUUUGGCCUUUAGAAACAAUUACGUCAUUGUUGUGGCUCAAUCUUGAAGGGAAUCCCAUAUUUUAUCAUAAAAAACAUCGGAAUCUUACUCUCAAACAUCUUUAUCCUUCGUUAGCAGAAAGCAAAUUUGUUCUUGAUCAUCAACCUUUGACUAAAUCUGAAAAAAUUAUUGUCUCAGGAAAUCGACUAUUCACAGUUCGAAAUAUUAUAAGUUCAUCAAAAGUUAGUACAAUAAAUGAAUCUGCAGAGCCUGGAGUCAGAGAGAGCACAUCAACACAACCAGUAAAUGAUUUAUCAACUUCCCAAGUUCCGACUAGUGCGGAAAAAUCUUUUACGAAAAGUAAAAGAAAGCCGAAUGUUCGAGAAGUAGAUAUUGCUGAUGAUGAUACAAUGAAAGAACCGAAAUUAAAUGAUUUUCAAACUACAUUAAAUUUAUUAGAAACUUCUAUGGAACAUCUAGAAACGAAGAAAAAAAUUUUGGCUUUAAGAGAAAAAUACGGAGGUGAUAAGUGGUUGAGUAGUGACUCUGGAUCUUACAUUCAAGACAUUAUGGGUUUAGAAAGAUCACGAGAGUGUAUAUUAUCAUCAACGCCAGCUAUUACCACUUGUAUGAUUGAUGCGAACGAACAAAAUAAAUCAAUAAGUCCAGAAAAUGUUUGUUUGAAUGAUAACACUGUUACUGAAGAUUCAAGUCAUGAUGAAAUUAAAAUUAUUCAAGAAUCAAAAACAAAUUUGGAAGAAAUUUUAGAGCAAACAAAGGCUGAAAUUGCUCAAAUUGAAGCACUAGAAAAUAUAUAUGAUCCUGAAAAAGAUACUGGAGAAUUAUUUUUAGUGCGAAAGAAGAAUGAAAAUAGCGAUGGUGAAUCAGAGGUGCUCUUGAUAAUAAAUAAAGAAAAUAUUAAAGAAGUUGAGGCCAUUACUAGAAAAAUCAAAUAUAAAUGGUCAAUCGAUACUGUAAUUUCUUGUAUAAUGGGUAGAGGAACUAUACCUACGAUUGAUUUUAUUUUUGAUACAACUCGAAGAGAUCGACAAAAUCGAUCAUAUUUUGCUGAAUCUGAAGAUGCUGUGAAAAUAGUUAGAAUUAUUGGAGAUUUAAUCAAAGUUAGACCAAUAUUGUUGACAAUAUUCAAAUGUAUGAAAUGUUCUACACAUUUUUCUCAAGAUCCUCAAUCAUCAUUAAAUGUAAUAAAAAGUAAAACUAUAAAAUCUCCCACAUGUCCAUCUUGCAACAGUACACUAGUUAUUCAGACUGAUGAACUGAUGACACCUGAUUUAGAGAAUGAAGAUCAUAGAGAAGUGAUAGAUAAAAAAGAUGAACCAAUGAAAGAAAAGUUAGAUAAUUUAAAAGAUUCCAAGGAAAAUUCACCAAGUGAAGGAGAUCUGGAACAUUCUACAUCACAUUCAAGUAUUGGUGGAACUGAGGGUGGAGCUAUGUGCAUCACCACUUCUAUGGUGUACUCCGACUCUCGGCCCCAAGCCCAAGUCUGCUGUUCAGCAACUAGCUUAGAUGAUUCUCGUGAAUCUACACCUUCAACUGGUGCAGUAAUGAAAAAAUAUGAAAGUGAUAUUGAAAUAUUAAGCAAUCCGAGCCAAAGUAGUAUCGAAGUAUUGGAUGAUGGAUCAAAGUCUCACUCAACACCAAAUCGCAAACGAUCCUCAGAGGAACGACGAAUUGCUAUUGCUCCAACCCUUUUAACAAUUCCAGACACAACACCUGUUAUGGCAGGUUUAACAGAAAGUAGUUCAUCAGGUUCUUUGACUGAUAGUAUAUGUACAGCAUAUGAAAAUAAAAAAUUAGAAGCAUUAAAAAUACCUGAACGAAGAUCUCAAGUAAAAGUUGAUCACGAACCUGAACACAUUGAAAAUGUUGAGAAUACGAAAGAAUCUUAUGCGUCAGUUUCCAAUCUUACUUCGAUGUUAGGAGACUUAUUAAGCAGCAUGAAAAUUAGUACCAGGGGAUCACCAUCCAAGUCAGCUGAUGAACCUGAAUAUUUAACAAGCGAUAUUCAAUACUCCUACACUAAUUUCUCCAGCAUUGAUCACAGGAUAAAACUUCAUUUAAUUUUGAACGUUUUUGAAUUGGAAAAUGAAGAAUUAGUUUUACUUCUUAGAGCAGAAAUUCUCUUACAAAACCAAAUUACAACCUUUCCUGGUUGUUUAGUUUUAUCAACAUCUAAAAUUUAUAUUUUGACAAUUACUGGAAUUGAAGGAGAAGAUCCAUCACGAUGGCUGCAUAAAAAAAUGAGUUGGACUAUGGAUAGAUUAAGAACAUUUGCUCCAUUGCCAUUUAAACAAGGCGUUUUAGUAGAACUGGAACAACCUAACCGAGUAAAUGAAGACUUGUCACACUUCACUGUUUUAUGUAUCUUACAAGAUUUCCAAAGGACUUCUAAUUUUUUAUUUUACUUGACUGAUUUACCUUUACCUACUAGUUGUGAAGUCGAAUUUGCAAUCCCUGAGCAGUGCACAACUGCAAUACAUAAUUUAAUGAUGGCUUCUAAAUAUUAUCGAACUAACGACGCCGUCAGAAUUUUUGCACUUUUUUCAUCUGCUAAAUUAAACCUGGAGAAUCAACCAGUUAAAUUAAAAAUUGGUGGUUUACUCAUUACAACUUCGACGUUAAUUUUAACGGAGGAUAAAUUAAAUUGGCUUAUUCCAGAUUCUAAUAACGAUCCAGCAAAAUUGACUGAACAAGCUAUGAGUAAUUUAAUAGAAGUGGUUUCUGAUGAAAAGGUGCUGGAGCUCAAUUUUCUUGAUGAAGUAGUCGGAAUCGAAGAAAUUUGGACAUUAACAUUUGAAUCUACCGAAGCUGCAAGUGCAGUAAUUAGUGCAAUUAAACCACCUUGGGAAGAAUUAUUUUCUGUACCACUUCAAAUUACUACAAAAGCACAAUCUGAGAAAUCUAAUAAUAAAAUAUCAUAACAAAGUUUUGACUGCAAUACUCGAUUGUAAAUAAGUAAACAGAAUAUUAGCUUGGUGCAAAAGUUUACUGUCAAUGCAUUUCAGAAAAUAUUUUUUUUCGAAAGUUUUGUCUACUAUGAUUAUAAUUUUAAAUUAAUGAUCUGAGUGGCAAGAAAAAUGUUAAUGAUUUUCUUCUGAUUUUUUGAAUGAAUCACAAUCUUUUUAGCAGAAAUUCAAUUUUAACUGUAUUAAAAUACCUAAAACACUUAGUUAACUAUAGCUCAAUUAACACUUACAAAUUUUAUUAUUUUUUAUUAUCACAAAGUAUGUUUUGAUAAUGUAAUAAAUAAUAAUAAGA